GCUGCCCGAGUCACUUCCGCCGGCUCUGCUCUUGUGUCUCAACACAGCGCGCACGGCGAAGGACGUAGCGAGGGGGCAACGAGAUCGCCGCUUGUGCCCACGUCGUGGACAUGCAUCUCGAGCAAGACACGGGCAAUAAACUGGGAAUCUUGCUUGGAGUUUUAGAUAUGGCACCUCACGACAUGGCCCCCUCCUGCGGCGGCGGCGGCGGCCAGGGCAGCAGCGGCGGCAGCGGCGGCGGCAGCCCCAUGUCUCUGGACCACUCGCUCCGGGGCGUGCCGGAUCCCCACCCGACGAAAGCGGCCGUCGGGGAUCUGGCGGUGGUUUGUCCCGUCGCCGCCGCAGAUGAAAAGGCGAGCGAGACGACGAUGACGGCGGGCGAGAGGCGGCGCUCUCGGGCCCUCAAGCUGAGGCAAACGAGAUCUCGCAAUGCCGUGAGGAUCCAGCAGCAGGUGUACACCAGCGCGGAGGACUCGGAAGAUGAAGAGGAGGAAGAGGGGGACGUGAAGCCAGACAUUGCCAUGCUGCAAGCAGAGGCCCUUCUGGCGCCGGGCGUGGACAAGCAGGCGUGGAAGAAGCAGCAGCGGAUGAUCCGAAACAGGGAGUCGGCGGCGCUCUCGCGCAAGAGAAAGCGAGAUAAGAUCGAGUCGUUAGAAGACCAGGUUGCCAGGCUCGCAGAAGAAAACCGGGGGCUCAGACACCGUCUCGCCAAGUACGAGGCCUCUCCCCAGCAGGCGAGGUACAAGUACGCCAGGCAGACGUCGACGACACCGCGCUCUGGAGCGCCGAGGGCGACACCGUCGGGUGGAGGGAGGAACGGCAGCAGUGGCAACAACGAGGGUCCGGCGGCGGGACCGGCAGCGGGGAGAAGUCGAGAGUCUGGGGGGGCAGCGGCGGCGGCGUUCGGGGGGCGCGGCAGCAACGGCGGCGUUAGCAGGAUCAUCGGUGGUGGCGUCAACUGUGGCAAACCAGUGAGCUGCUUAAACUCUCGCGAGUCAGCAGCAUUCGCCGAUCGCGUUUUGCAGUUCUGAGGUGUCUUAUUUUUUUCUGUUCCAACUCCACCCCCCACUAAUUUCGAUACUGUAUACCUGUUAAAGUUCACCCUCUUCUUGUCUUGGCUGCGUCUUGCUGUCUCCCUUGAUUGGGAGGGGGUCAGAUGCGGUUGGAGGAAGGGGGCAGGAGUUUUGAAAACGGGGGGUGUGAAAGAGAGCUGAAAAAUGAGAGGACACCUUUAGCAAGACGCGAUCAUAUAAGGCAUCGUUGGCCGAUUCCCUUCGUGGACGGUCUUUCGUACGCCAAACAAACUUUUAACGAAGUCUCCCUGCUGUGGAGACAGCAGCUCACGGCCCCACGGCCGCCACAAGCACCACCACCAACGCCACCGGCAAUGACGGCGCGGGGCUCCGCCGGAGCCUGCGCAGCACCGCCGGCCGCCGCAGCGCGUCAUCUUCAUCACCGCGCCCCGUCCGAACCUCGGCGACGACCUCUAGGCCGAUCGCCACCACCGCCGCCGCCAUCG